CCUAGUACUCCGUAGGAUUAACAAAAUUCCAAAUUACAUGCAACUAUUGUUACUAUGGGCUGCAAUCAACGGCCACUUUCAGCAUCCUAGUGACGGCUUUUAUCGCCUCAAACUUCUCCCGCACUUCGGCUUGAGUGACAAGACGCGAAACCCCGCGUUCCUACGGCAAAGCAAGACACUGACUCGUGAAUUCACCUGGUGACAUGCAAGCGCGUGAAGAAGCGACGGCGAUAGUGAUGAGGAAAUUUGCGGGAUCGGAAACAGGCUAUUUUCGUUCUAUUCUUUUGCUUUUUUGCUUUUUUAGCCACUGGGUGUGCCACAAAAACCAAACUGCCGCCCUCGGCAACUUUGGCAUCACGCCGCAAAUGGCCGCAGAGAAGAAGAAGAAGAAGGAGAGGAUAGAACGGAUGGUACAGUAGAAACCGAAAUGAGUGUCCGCUUUUUUAAUGCAAAGUUUUUCUCGCAGUGUGGCUGAUACCGUGCGCAGCUUUCAA